AUGUUCCCGACCCUCACGCCAUUUCCUCCGGAUCAGCCGCACCAACACUAUCCCGCUCAUGACGUCUUGAACCAGACUCCGUACGACUUGAAUGACCCAACUUUCCUUUCUCGUAACGACCCUACCCAAUCAUUUCCGAAUCCAUCCCGAUCGCGCCUUCAACUGCCACAUCCCGUACAACUUCUUGACCCUCGUGGAGGCUCAACCUCGAUCCCUAUCAACAAUGCGACUGCAGAACACGCUCUACGAAGGAAGACUCCGAAUGGAACAUUGGCUGCCGGUUACGAUGGUACCCCUGUGGAUACUACAAUACAACCGGCGACAAAACACCUCCUCGUAUCUCCUAUCGACUCGGGCAUGUAUCUAUCGACACAGGCAGGCCGGCCGAUGGAGAACUGGCACCAGCCAACGUUCGAUACUACCAGCUCAAAACACAUGAACUUCCCGCCAGUGUUCAAAAACGAUGGAACUAAUGCUUUGGCUGCGGGAGAGGUUGUUCAAGAUGUGAAUGGCACCAGCUGGGUUCGCACUGUCAAUUACCCUCUAGGAAUGGACUCUGUCUUGAAUCAGAACAUCUCCAUGCAGGCGCAUCAGCGGGUUCUUUUCCAUAAUGGUGCUUAUAUUCCCACUGUGCUUCCUGCCACUCUACAGCCUUGCGAUGGACCGACCGCUUCAGCGGGCUCUGGCCCAUUUGGACCGUAUUGGCCCGAUGGAGCGUAUAUACCUUAUCGCCCAGUAGCCUUUCGUGACGCGCGUUUUGAAUCUCCUAUCCCGGCAGCUCAGCCAUUUUUCGAUGCCAAUCAACGGGCUUUCAACCAACCUCACAUUUCACUGGACAGUCGCCUGGAUACCGAGAUAUGGACCCAAGGGCACCCAGGUAUCUCACAAACCGAAUCUGGCAAGACUUAUUUUCCUCCUCGUCACUCUGAUCAAUUACCCUUCCAUACUCGCAUAAAUCGACUUGCUUCAUCUUACUCAUCUAACCCUCAUAUCAAUGAGCCCAUUUCCUGGGCAGGUCACCCAUAUGGGCCUGGCUUCCAACCUUCAGGGUCUUCAGUAGUAGCUAAUGUGGAGUUUAAGGAGAAAAUAUUGUCCUGGGCCCAUGGCGUAUACGUUGAUUUACUGGCAACUAUCCACCAAGCUCGCCGCAACAGCAUGUCCAAUGGACCGGAUGGUCAAAAUCCAAGAUUUUUAAAGCCCAGCAUCUACCCAAAGCCACCUCGACAACCAGGUCUGGAUUUCUCACACACUGCUCCCAACAUGCCCCGCCACAACAGCUACCCGUCCAUUGAUUUACAGCGCCAAAAGGUUGGCAUUUCGUCAAACAUCAGGAUGAACGACUCAUUUGAUCACCAAAGUGACGUCUACGCCAAACGCCCUACUCUAAACCAGCUUUCUCAUCAUCACCGAGGGUCGGAUUCUCAAAUUCGUACUGGCCGCAUCUCUCACCCCAGAUCCAUCUUCAAUGAAGGUUCUCCCGUCGCCAGCGCUGUGUCUGCUUUGGAAAUGCUAUCCCACUUGUGCAUGGAAAGUCGAUGGGAGUGGGUUGACGGCAUUCUCCUGGGAGGCUGCUUGGCGUAUGGACUGGGUGACUACCAUAAAGCUAUGCGGUGGUAUUCUCGAAUUAUUGCUAGAGACUCAACACAUGUGGAGGCUAUAUCUAACCUUGCCGCAACUUUAUUGGCGCUUGACCGUCGUGAGGAGGCCUUACAAAAUUGGCUCCGUGCCGUCAAACUACGUCCCAGCUUCUUUGAAGCCGUGGAGCAUCUGAUUGGGCUUCUGUGUAGCAGUCAUCGUGGCAAAGAGGCCGUCAGUAUCAUUGAUUUCGUCCAGACUUCUCUCCGUCAUCCCAAAGACGGGGAUUGCUUCAAGACCGAUGAGCAUGCUAGUGAGCCAGAGAGUGACGCUGAGAGCAACGUGUCUGAUGUGUGCAUGUAUGACAAUGCGUCUUUUGAUUAUGAGGACGAUUUGCGGCGGGGUCCGAACUUGAACCUCGGAUCGCCUGAAGCCACUACUAAAUCUGCCGGAUAUGCGACCAGUGGCUAUUCUGUCCCGGGCUCAGACAAUGGCAGGAUUCUGGCCCUAGUUCAUGCCAAGGGGAAUAUGCUAUACGCUCUCGGUGAAAACACUGCCGCUGCCGCUGCAUUUGAGGAUGCUGUUUUGAUUGCGGCUGGGAGGAGGCAGCAUGGGAUGCAAGGUCUCAUGAAGCAGAUAUUUGCGGCUUUCUCCCAUGCCUCUGGUAACGCAUACCACUCUGGCAACUUGAACGAGAGCAUCCUCUUAUAUCCGGAUAGAGCGCUGCAGACUUCGAAACUGGUCUUCCGAGACAAUGGUACGCCUCCAGGGCUUAAGUACGUGGUGGAAGGAACUCCCCGAAACGCGGCAAUCUCGACCACCAGCAAUUCCCUCCUUUCUCUAGCAAAGAUAUAUCAAGAUGGAAUGUCAACUGUUUCCUCUGGGUCAGGGGCACCGCGAUCUUCACCUGGCGUUCGGGAUAUUCUGGCCCUCUACUACCUUUCUUUGUCUCUGCAGCCAAGUCCGUCCACGGCAAACAACGUUGGUAUUCUGCUUGCUGGCAUUCAGAAUAACCCACCCGCCAGAGGAUUGGUACGUUCGAACGGAGAAAGCCAACAUCCUGAAAUUCCGGGUGUUGUACCUGGCAGUGGGAUCUCGUUGGCCCUUGCGUACUACAAUUACGGUCUACAUCUUGACUCUCGGCACGCCCACCUGUAUACCAAUCUUGGUAGUCUACUCAAAGAUAUUGGACAACUUCAGGCCGCUAUCAAGAUGUACGAGCAGGCCGUUCAGUGCGAUGGUAAUUUCGACAUCGCUCUGGCAAACCUGGCCAAUGCCGUAAAAGACGCUGGCAAGGUCAACGAUGCUAUCACCUAUUACAAGCGCGCUGUCAGAGUGAAUCCGGAAUUCGCCGAGGCCGUUUGUGGCCUCGCCAACGCUCUGAACUCUGUCUGCAAUUGGGCCGGUCGGGGAGGCAUCACGAAUGGUCGUGGCUUCCGCGAUCGGUGGCACGUGGACGACAAUGGGAUGCUUCGGGAUUCUCAAAGCAAUGACAGUGAUGCCGGCUGGAUUAAACGCGUUGUGAACAUAGUUGACCGUCAACUUCGCGAAGGAGAAUACUGGGGUCGCGGGCUCUUGACUGCAAAUACGGCUGAACAGUUGUGUGCCCAGCUGGCUCCCGCACUGGGGACUGAGACCUUUGGCCCUAAUGGCCAGAUGGCCCUGACCAAAGUUCUUCAGUUAUGGGCAGGAAAGAAGUGGGAAGGCUCUCGUAUUGUUCGACUGGUCGAGCGUGCCAAUCGAUCACUUACAUGGCAGUGGUACCAAGACCGCUACGUUCACAGGAAGGAGUACCCUACCUCCAAGUAUCGUCGCCCCCAGCUUCCUGCCUCUCUCACCGCGCCAAAUGCCCCGACAGUUCUUCCCUUCCACACCUUCACAUGUCCCUUAUCCGCCAAGCAGAUCCGCCAAAUCUCUCAGCGAAAUGGCCUGCGGAUAUCUUGUUCGACUCUUCGGGCACCCUGGCUGCCAAGUACAGUAUAUCGCCCGCCAGCACCGCCAAAUCCUUGUCUUCGAAUUGGCUAUGUGUCUUCGGAUUUCAACAAUCAUCCUUUGGCACACCUCAUGCAAUCGGUCUUUGGAUUGCACAACCCGAACCGGGCCAUGGCCUACUGCUAUGCCACCACUGGAAGCGACAAAUCUAUACAUAGACAACAGAUAGAGAAGGAAGCACCAGUCUUUCACGAUGCCAGUGCAUGGUCCGUUGAGCGACUGGUCCAACAGAUUGUAGAUGACGGUAUACACAUCUUAAUCAAUCUAAAUGGCUACACUCGUGGCGCUCGCAACGAAGUCUUUGCAGCUCGUCCAGCGCCUAUCCACAUGUCAUUCAUGGGAUUCGCCGGCACCCUUGGUGCAGAGUGGUGUGAUUACAUACUAGCGGAUCAAAUUUCGAUUCCUCAGGAAACUCUGAGCCCCUUGCAGCGUACUUCGCGCAUUGAAAAUCGGGUCUUCGAAGAUGAUAACGGCGAGGAUCUUGAAAAUUGGGUCUACGGUGAGAAGAUCGUGUUCACUCGUGAUACUUUUUUCUGCUGCGAUCACCGCCAGAGCGCCCCCGACGCGGGAGAACGACUCAAUUCAUGGGAUGAGGAGCAACUUCACCGUUGGAGAAUGAGAAAAGAACUUUUCCCCAAACUCAGUGACGAUACUAUUAUUUUGGGCAACUUCAAUCAGCUUUAUAAGAUUGAACCAACUAUAUUUCGAACAUGGUUGCGCAUUUUGGCGCACAUCCCAAACGCUGUUCUCUGGCUACUGCGAUUCCCCGAGACAGGUGAACAGAACCUGCGGGACAUUGCCAAAGCCUGGGCGGGCGAUGAAACAGCAUCACGAAUAAUUUUCACCGACGUCGCUCCAAAGAACACACAUAUCGCUCGAGCAAAGGUGUUGGAUUUGUUCCUUGACACGCCCGAGUGUAACGCGCACACGACGGCCACUGAUGUUCUCUGGAGCGGCACUCCGCUACUCACACUUCCACGCUACAGUUACAAGAUGUGCUCACGAAUGGCGAGCAGCAUCCUCUCGAGCGCACUACCAAGCUCCGAGGCCGGCCAACAGGCUCGAAAAGAACUGAUUGCCUCAUCGGACGAAGAUUACGAAAACAAAGCUAUCCGGCUCUGCAUGGACUUGCAGUAUGUACCUGGUGGCGAAGGGCGGGCCAGCGGCCGCCUAGCCGAGAUGCGACAGAUGUUAUUUCUGCAUCGAUACAAGAACAAACUCUUUGACACGGCGCGCUGGGUGCACAAUCUGGAAGAUGCUUACGACGCGGUGUGGGCGCAAUGGGUCAAUGGCGAAGAAGGCGAUAUCUGGUUAUGA